CUUGAUGGGCGGGGCUUACUGUACCUUUUCCAUUAACUGACUCGUACAAAUUGUUUGUUGUCGAUCAAGAUGGAGUUCCUUUUGGGAAAUCCAUACAGUACUCCGGUGGGACAUUGUAUUGAGAGAGCCACUGAUGGCUCCCUUCAGAGUGAGGACUGGGCCCUCAAUAUGGAAAUAUGUGACAUCAUCAAUGAAACCGAGGAUGGGCCCAAGGAUGCCAUCAGGGCAAUGAAGAAGAGGCUGAACGGGAACAAGAACUACAGGGAGGUGAUGCUGGCACUGACCGUCCUGGAGACAUGUGUGAAGAACUGCGGUCAUCGUUUUCAUGCCCUUGUCACCAGCAGAGACUUCAUAGACGGCGUGCUUGUAAAAAUCAUCUCCCCCAAAAACAACCCUCCCACUAUCGUACAAGACAAAGUGCUCGCCUUGAUCCAGGCGUGGGCUGACGCGUUCAGGAGUAGUCCAGACCUGACGGGUGUGGUCCAUAUCUAUGAGGAGCUGAAGAGGAAAGGCAUCGAGUUCCCCAUGUCUGACCUGGAGACCCUGUCUCCAAUCCACACUCCUCAACGACUGUCGACUGGCUCUGAGGUGAACCAACCCACACUGAAGGCCACCGCCCCUCCCCCAGCCCAGCCUAUCCCCCACCAGCAGCCUCCUCCCCAUGCUGUCUCCGCCCCACCCUUUGCAGCAUCUGUCCCUCCCACCUAUUCCACCCCUCAGGUCCCCAACCUUGGUGCCUCUGGGUCUAUCAACCCCUCACCUGAACAGAUCUGCCGGCUGCGCAGUGAGCUGGACAUCGUGCGUGGCAACACCAAGGUGAUGUCAGAGAUGCUGACAGAGAUGGUUCCUGGACAGGAGGACCCCUCGGACCACGAGCUCCUGCAGGAGCUGAACCGGACAUGCCGGGCCAUGCAGCAGAGGAUAGUGGAGCUCAUCUCCUGUGUGUCUAACGAGGAGGUCACAGAGGAACUACUGCACGUCAACGACGACCUCAACAACAUCUUCCUACGCUACGACAGGUACGAGAGGUUCCGGUCAGGCAGAGCAUCUCAGGGUAUCAACAAUGGGGUCCUCAGUGAGGCUACAGAGGACAACCUGAUAGACCUGGGCCCUGGCUCUCCUGCUGUCGUCAGCAACAUGGUCACCACCACUCCCCCGUCCAGCCUGCCCCCUUUCUACACCGCCCCGGCUGCACGGCCUUCAUCACCUGCCUCCCUGGCCUCUCGGCUAGCCGGCCUUGAUGUGGGUGACAGUGUGAGCAGCACUCUGAGCUCUCUGCCCAGCUGUAAGCCUCAGGACGACUUUGACAUGUUCGCCCAGACCAGGACUGGAGCUCUGCCUCUGACCACCGAGACACUCGUGACAGCUCCUCUAGAGGACCUUAAUGCUGUAUGUGGGAUUGGGCUGCCUCUUCUGGAAGUCAGGCAGCAGCCUGCAGGAGGGAUUCCCGUUGGCCAAUCCUCUGUCAUGGAUGACAUAGAGGAGUGGCUGUGUACCGACUUGCAAGGAGAUGAGGGAGAAGAGGGGGUGACCAGUGAAGAGUUUGACAAGUUUCUGGAGGAGCGGGCGAAGGCAGCAGAGACGGUGCCCAGCCUCCCCUCGCCCCCUAGUGGUGACCCUGGUGCAACUACAGGCUCACUCAAGAAGAAGGCUGAAAGACCAGAUGACGCCCUGUUCGCUUAGUACAGUGGUUUUCAAACCUCUCCUCGGGGACUCCCAGACGUUUCACAGUUUAGUUGUAGCCCGGAACUAGCUCAGUUGAUUCACCUAAUCAAGGCCUUGAUAGUUAGUUGACAGGUUGAAUCAGGUGUGUUAGCUCUUGAAUAGUUCAAAUGCAUGGAACGACUGUGGGUCCCAGAGGAGAGGUUUGAAAACCCCUCGCUUAGGAGACCUUUUAACCUUCUGACCUGGCCAACGACCUCAGUCCCCAGACUUUUAUCUGUAACAAGCACACACAUAUUUUCUCAUCCUCCCCCUCUGGAUCUCUCUACCUUCAAAACUUACCCUCUACUACCCAGAAACGCAUUGAUUUACUACACUACAAAGGGAACCCUCGAUUUUGAUAUCCCUCCCCCUCUUUCAGAAAGAAACCAGCUUCAUUCGGGAGAAGACCGCCACGUUAUUCCAUAAUCAACAUUCCUUAUCUACCAGUUGAUGGUUUGGAACAGUCUCCAGCCUCUGAAGAACUGUGUAGUAUCAACAACAGCGGACAUCUUUUUAAACCAGCAGCUCACUCUGUCCCGGGGCUGGUCUUCUUCUGAAGGGUAAUAUGAGACAUACCCAACCUACAGUACUACCCAUAUUCUGCUCCGUUAUGGCAGCAAGAAGCCAUCCCUAUCCUGUCGUCCCCUUCUCUACUGCAUGCAUUAUCAGAUCCAUCCACCCUUCAAUCCCUUGAAGGGUCGUCAAAGGGAAUUCAAUGAAAACUAGGUACAAUUAUUGUUAUCCUUUUUUAUUGUAGGUCAGAUGGGGGCAGGUAGCGUUAAAAUAUGAGAUAUAUUCAUGGGGAAUAUGCUGGAUCAUUGUAUGUUUUUACUAUGCGUUUAAUUCCUAGUCUAUAUUUUCUAUUGUCUCCUGACUGGUUGUCUCGUUUCAUCAAUUUAACUUCAUGGUUUUGAGUGUGGCUUUGUUAGUAUAACUGUAGCAUAAUGACAUGUAGAAUCACUGUGUGUGUAUAUUCAAUCAAGCAGAAUAAGGGAAAGAAAUGGUGGAAGACGGGAGAUCUGUUAUGAGGGCAUUGGAGCCUGUUACAGUAUUUCUACCUGGAUAUAACAUUUCACAGCCUUUACCCAAAAAGGGUAUCAACAGGAAAGGGAAGUGGAAAAAUGGAAAUGUGAUUUUUCCACUACAGAAUUACACUACAGGGCAUUUUGCUUUCAAGGGAUGAAGUAUUUCUAGGGAUUGAUGCUCUCAUCUUAUCUACGCCUUUAGAGAUUGAUUUAUUUUACCAGCUUAGAAUUCUAGAAUGUUAUUUUGGAGAUGUAUACGAUUUCUGAUUUAUUUUCAGAUGAUGAAUUAACAUCACUUAAGAAAAUGCACUGUUAUGUUAAAUGCGGUGUUAUGUUUAGCUUAACAAAUAAGUAGUACCAUCUACCUGACAAUGAUUUUCUGUUUAUCCAUAUGCUGAAGGACCAGUACAGGUACAGUGCUGCUGGGAAAGCAUAGUCUAGAAGAAGUCAUGUGACCUGAGCAUGAUGGCGUCACAUCCAUAGUGGAUGCACUACCGUAUCAUACUGUAAGAUUCAGUCAGACGUAAUACUGUAUCAGUCAGUCUGAGAAAGAUAACCGUUUCUUGUUAAAGCCCUGUUUUAGUAGUCUUCACUACAAACUGAACAGACGGAACAUUGUAUGUCUGGUAUUGAAUAAUAACUUUAAUUUAUGGACCAACGUUUUACAAAGUGGACGUGAAAGAAUGAACCUAUAGAAGGGAUGGUUAUGAAUACCAUGAAGGGAAUUUAGGAAAAGGGGAUCUGUUUGGUCUCUGGUUGGAAGAAGUGACAUUCAUGUUUUCAGAAACGGUAACACUACUUGCUAGUAUGAGCAAGAACAUUGAGUAUUGCAAACCAAGAUCUUUAUUCUCUUUCUUGAUGAUAAUACACAUGCUGUUUCAUACAAUCACAAUGAGUUUAAAACAAUGUAACACUUGACAGUCACUCACGACCUUAUUCUACCCUUAUUUUGUUAAAAUAUCUAGUUGUGGGUUGGUAUAUUUAACAUAUCUGUAAUCAAUGGAAAAUGUUGCAAAAUAUUGACAGAAGUGUUGGAGUAAUUUAUUUAGGAUUUUCUUCUGAUCUCUGUUUUUGAAAUCGUUUUAUUGUACAAAAGCAGAAUGACAUUAACUUCUUUAUGGGAGAGAUUAGGGUUUUUCAUGUGAAUUGUGUGUUAAACAUGUUUUGUUGCUGUUUUAUGGAGUUUGAUCAUUUCUUAUGCUGAUUCAAUGUUAAAAAUGUACCGGAUAAAUUUCACUCUACAGUAACUUUUAAUGUCACUAUUUAUGACAAGUGUCCACUCUGUGAUUGGUUUGUUUGUAACUGUAAGCAAAGAACCCUAUUGAGUUAAAUUUUUUCCAUGGUUAGAUGAACCAGCAGUACAUUGAUAAACAACAUGGGCGUCAGAAAAAGGACCUCGCUUCUGAAAGACUCUUUGAUAGAAGUGUUGACAUUGCACAUUAUUAAAAGGUUUUCCCAUCUCUCUGAAUGGAAAUACUUAAAGUGUGCGUGUACAAGUGUUGCCCUGCUCUGAGACAGUAGCCCUAUACAUUUGAUGUAUUGGAGGAGUAAAAAUAUAUUGCUGUGUGUACAAUCCAGUAUGCGUAGUAUAAAAUGUAUAGCUUGAUAUUGGUCUGGCUUGCUCAGUGGAACUAUGGUUGUAUACAUGAUCAUGUAUAAUUAAGGCAAAUAUAAAUAUUAGCUUGCCAGGUGGUCACCUCAAAGCCUGCUCUUAGAAAGAAUAUGUGUGUAUGGUUAAACAAAGGGACUUUUAUGUUCUUGUGUGCAGGCUGCUGCUGUUUCCUGAGUUUAUCUAGCUCUAUAUUGUUUGACUCAUGCAUGUGUUGAACUCCAAUAAAACACUAUAGUAGUACGUGA